UGUCUAUGAUUGAUUUACUGUGAAGGGAGGAGAGACGAUCUCGCUUCGUUGUCGCCCAAAUUAUUAUUUCAUGGCGAUUUGUGAUGAGAUACUCAAUAUUGGAUUGAAAUAAGUGUCAUUGUUUGGUGCUUGAUUUGUGUGCAAGUGUAAAUUCUACGCCUCCCUCGCUACUUGUGCAUUGAAUCCGAUUACAUUCCGACCGCUCCCUGCGUAUAGUACGUCAGUCAUCAAGUAUUUUUCAUGCCUGUUUGUACUACUUGCCGUCGGGGGCCGUAAUAGUAAAAGCUGUUGGAAAGUGCAUUCAUACGGGAAAUUGUUGGUGUAAAAAACUAUCCCACGUUCUAUAAUAUUGUGAGCGUUAUGAGGUGAUCGUGGAGUCUGUUCGUUUGGCGAGAUUGUAGCCAUUUUCGGUGACCCAAUUCGGCCAGCUUCAGCAAUUAUCAAGAGCACCUCAUAAUGACAUUACUUUUUAAUUCACCGCAUACCCAUUAACCAAUCAGCCCGAAGUUUAGACAUGAGAAGCGUACCACACCAGAAAUGGACGGCGUGAAGAAAAUACAUUCAGGAACACUGUAUCGCAACGGGCCGGUGGAGGGCGCCUACGGGUCGCAGCACAGUCCCGUGUCGCGGUCGGACGCCUCCACCGAAGACGCCGAGCUGUCGGCGGCGCUGGCCCACCAACACCAUCUAGCUAUGCAGGCGAGCGAAUACCCGGUGGUAGGCGGAGGCGUUGAUCCCGACUAUGGGCAGUAUGUGUCGUCCCCGGCGGCUCACUACAACCACAUGGGACACCUGACCAUGGCGCCGUCACAGAAGUACCCUCAUGUGAUGGACUCGGUCUCAGUGAGCGGUGGUGGGACAUACGGCGGGGCGGGGGGCGCAGGGCACUACGGCACCUACGGCCACUACGGAGCCACGGCCUACCAGGCGCAGUCCGCGUAUAUGGUGGAGCCCCCGCCGCAAGUCCCCGCCUAUAUGGGGCAGGAAUAUGUAGAAGGCGGUGGCAGCGCUUCUCCAAGGAGUGCCUCACCUGGCGCUUUACCUCAACACAAUUUGCAUCUACAACAAAGGUACGACUCGACGUCACUGGAGCAGCUAGGGCGACAUUACUGCGUGACGUCACCACGUGGCGAGUACGCGACGGAUGCGUAUGGCUACCAACACUACCCUACCGCGUACGACCCGCCCCCCCACCAGCCACCCCCUUUCAAGGACUCGCAAAACGGAUUAAGUUUAGGCAGCGCUGGAGGACAGUCAAUGUACGGUGACGAAGAGGAAUUACAGAAACAAAUGGCUGGGAUGGCGUUAGUGCACGGCGGCGUGGGCGGUCGCGAGGACGGUGGCGGGUUACAAUGGCGCGACCCAAACCUGCCCGAGGUCAUCGGCUUCCUCAACUCGCCGUCCGACGUCGUGAAGGCCAACGCGGCCGCCUACCUGCAGCACCUCACCUACAUGGACGACCCCAACAAGCAGAAGACCAGGAGCCUAGGCGGCAUCCCACCACUAGUGCGGCUGGUCUCCCACGAGAACCCAGAAGUGUGCCGCAACGCGUGCGGAGCGCUCCGCAACCUGUCCUACGGCCGCCAGAACGACGAGAACAAGCGCGCCAUUCGCGACGCCGGAGGCAUUCCCGCGCUCAUGGCGCUGCUGUGCCGCGCCACCGACAUGGAGGUCAAAGAGCUCGUCACCGGGGUCAUCUGGAACAUGUCAUCGUGCGAGGACCUCAAGCAGUCGAUCAUUGACGACGCGGCGCAGGUCAUCGUCAACAAGGUCAUCAUACCGCACUCUGGCUGGCACCCUACCAACCCUGGAGACACUUACUGGUCUAACGUUUUCCGCAACGCAUCGGGCGUUCUCCGCAACGCAUCAUCCGCGGGUGAAUACGCGCGGCGGCGCCUGCGCUGCCUUAACGCGUUACCUGACGCUCUGCUGCACACUGUACGCGUCGCAGUGCGCGUCAACGGCAUCGGCACCAAGAUCGUCGAGAACUGCGUCUGUGUGCUGCGCAACUUGUCCUACAGAUGUCAAGAAAUUGAAGACCCGUUGUAUGACACGAGAGCACCUCCAACACAGUCGUCGGGACAGGCUAGGAUACAAGCCAGCGCUUCCAAAGGCGAAAACCUAGGCUGUUUCGGCGGCAGUAAAAAGAAGAAGGAAGGCUCAUCUUCGUCUAACUCCACCAGCCCGCUCGGCAAGAGCGAACCUGACACGCAACCUCUUGGGGACACGUCAUCUAAUACGCAACUGGGGUACAGCGUGCCGAAAGGAACGGAAAUGCUUUGGUCGCCGGAGGUGGUCCCGCUAUACAUGGCGCUGCUGCAGACGUGCUCCAACCCCGAGACCUUGGAAGCAGCGGCGGGCGCUCUGCAGAACCUCGCCGCCUGCUACUGGCAGCCAUCCAUCGACAUCCGAGCAGCUGUGCGGAAGGAGAAAGGUCUGCCGAUCCUCGUGGAACUGCUUCGCAUGGAGGUAGACCGGGUGGUGUGCGCGGUGGCCACGGCGCUGCGGAACCUGGCCAUCGACCAGCGCAACAAGGAGCUCAUCGGGAAGUACGCCAUGAGGGACCUGGUGCAGAAGCUGCCCAGUGGGAACCAUCAGCAUGAUCAGGGCACGUCAGACGACACGAUAGCAGCAGUUCUGGCGACGCUGAACGAGGUUAUAAAGAAGAGUGGCGAGUUCUCGCGUUCUUUACUGGAGGCGGGCGGCGUCGAGCGCCUGCUCAAUCUUACCAAGCAGCGCCACCGUCAUACGCCGCGUGUUCUCAAGUUUGCAGGGCAAGUGCUGAUGACGAUGUGGUCGCACGCGGAGCUCCGCGAGGUGUACCGCAAGCACGGCUGGCGCGAACCCGACUUCCUCACGCCGGCGCGCGCCGCCGUGCCGCGCGGAUCUUCCAACGCCAGCGAUACGGGUGUGGGAGCAGGUCAGGGCACGCCCAUGUCUGGAGGUGGAGCCCCCCACUCGCCAAGCAACGCCAACUCCACGCUCAGCCGGCCCAUGGCUUCUACUGGAGGCACCCGAUACGAGGAUAGGACCAUACGCCGCCAUAGAGAGAACGAUGACACAAUGGACGCCAACAGCUACCAAGACGGCCUGGGCAUGGGCAACCCUAACGGGCGGCCAAUGAACCUCCAAGGCGUGCAGGCGCAGAUGCCGAUGCCGCCCAGCAGUCGCUAGCCCGCCCAGGCUCGCUAGCCCGCCCAGGCUCGCUAGCCCGCCCAGGCUCGCUAGCCCGCCCAGGCUCGCUAGCCCGCCCAGGCUCGCUAGGCCGCCCAGGCUCGCUAGGCCGCCCAGGCUCGCUUGCCCGCCCAGGCUCGCUAGGCCGCCCAGGCUCGCUAGCCGUCCGCCCAGGCUCGCUAGCCGCCCGCCCUGGUGAGCCGGCACUCUGCAGCUUCGCGAUGUUAUGUAUUGUUUCAGCUUUUUGAGGGUACAGUCAUGAAUUGAAUGACAGAUAAUGUAUUUAUGGAUAUAUCUCUUCCUAUCUGUUUUAUGUAUGUAUCUCCAGGAUUUGUUCAGCUUCAAAUAGUUCUUGAGACUCAAAGUGGCCAAAAAGUUGACAACAUAACCUUAUUCCAAUA